AAAAGUAGGCCAGCCGGGCCCUGUACUGCUGACAGGGAUGGUAAGGACAAAAAAAGAUCCUAGCGAGGGCCAUAGGAGUGCAGGGGGUCUAGGAGAUUAGUGAGCAGCAGAGUAAGCUAGUGGGGUGGUUUGCAGAGUGAUCCGCUGCCGAAAUGGCCACCAAAGUAGUGGAUCUGAUCUACUGGCGGGAUGUGGGGAAGACAGGGCUGGUGUUCACAGGGCUGGUGAUAGGCCUGGCCAGCCUGUUCCAGCUCAGUGCCAUCACCGUGCUGUCCUACCUGUGUAUGGCCAUCAUGUGUCUCACCUUCCCCCUACGCCUCUACUACAAACUCCUAGAGCUGAUACGUAAGAACCCUGAAGGAGUGCACCCCUUCCAGUCUUAUAUAGGAGACGACAGCUCUCUGACAGAUGAGGAGACGGUGUUGGUGGUGGAGGAAGUGGUGCUGAUGAUUGCCUUCGCCAUCACAGAGAUCAAACGCCUGCUCUUCAUCGGCAGCAUCAUGGACUCCAUCAAGUUUGUGUUGCUGCUGUGCGUGUUGGUCUAUGUGGGCAUCAUGACCAACGGACUGACCCUGGUGAUAGUUGGUGUCAUCUGUGUUUUCUCUCUUCCUCUAUUCUACAAACAAAUGCAGGGUCGGAUGAAGAGGAUUGGCAAAGUGGUCAACGGCCUCCUGAGGAAAAUCAAAAGCUUGUUUAAGAGGUUGUGCAGUACACUGAGAUCCUCUACUGCGGCUAAACCUGCUCCAACCACUACCCUGACCCCGGUGCCAGCCCUGGCCCCAAAACACAAACAAAAGUCAAAGUGAUAAGAAAGAGAAAGGGGGAUCUAUGGGAAAAGAGGGGGGUCAUUCAUACAUCUUAUCAGACCACCUGGGAUUAGGGGCUGGGAAACUCUGACAAGGGGGGAGGGGUACAAGGACCUCAUGGGGGUGUGACGGGAGGGGGUACAAGAACCUCAUGGGAGUGUGAGUGUUCUUUGGAAGGCUACUGGUGUUUUAUAUUUCCAUUUUCCCAUUGUGGUGUCUGUGAAUGGGAACAAGAUUUCAAAUCCAGUAUUUGGUGUUGGUACACUAAAGAUGUUUAUAGACAAAUGCAAUGUUUAUAUGGGAGGGAAUUUUCAGUCAAAUCUAAAAGACAACUAGUUCACCUUAGGGGGGGGGGGGUAUAUAUACCACAGAACACUUGCCAUCUUAAGACCACACAGGGUGAACACUGGCCAUCUGACCACAUGCCUUAUAAUUUACUUUGGAAGUGCACUCAAAGCGUAAGAAUGGGUGAAUGGGUGCAUAUUCAAUGAUUGGAGCUUACUGAAAAGUGUCAUUAAACUGCAUUGUUCCCUUUUUCUUGAUUUUUGCUUAAAUUGUUGAAUAAAUGUUGAGUACAUGUUUGAACCUU